CUUUUACUGAACAAUAACUCCUGAAAGCCUUUUCUUCUUCUUUUUUUUUCCCUUUUCCUUCCUUUCCUACCUUUCCUACCUACUUCUUUCAACUUAACCUAAACCGGACCUCUAACCUGACCACUUUCAGGUACGACGCAUCAGAGUUCACCUAACCGCCGUUGUAUCCAGAGUGUCACGGACAGUUUACGUGCUCCAGUACGGAUUAGUAGCGUCACAUUCAGGGCACCAUCCAGGGCACAUCCAGGGCACAUUCAGGGGUCAAAAGAGCUUAAUAGGUCUGGUCCCGUUUUGGGAGAGAGUUUUGGAGUGGGUGGCGUGAAGCGCGAACACCCAAAUCGGCAAUACCUCAAUUCGCCUUGCAUCGCUUUUUAAUUUUCUUAACAACACGCGACGCAUCGCUGUCGCCCACCCUUUGAAUCUUAUUUUUCUCUACCAAAUAUUAUCCGAUCGCCUAGAACGACUUAUUUGGCACUGUCUGGACAAACGGUUUUAACAAAGAUAAAUAAAAUAUCGCACACGUUAUUUUUGGCGCAUCAAUUAACUACAUUAACGGCUUUUUUUUUCCUUAACCGAAAACCUCAAUUGUUAAAGACGGUUUCACGAUAGCGAAGGAGAAAAGGGAAUAAAAGGAGAAGGGAAAUUCUGCGAAAUAACGAAAAAGAAAAACACCGAGUUGGUCAAGCUGCGAUCGAGAUUUCCUCUUCAUCAUGGCUCUCCUUGAUGGAACCCCGCAAACCGUGGGAGGGCCGACCCUCUUCGGCAUGCCUAUGAAGCAAGUUUCUCUUAUUACAUUGACUUUCCAAAAUUCGGCCCUGAUUCUACUUAUGCACUAUUCGCGAAUGAUGCCUCCGAGUGGCGAUCACCGAUAUUUUACUUCGACAGCCGUGUUCCUGACUGAAGUUAUUAAGUUAGCCAUCUCCCUAACUUUUGCCUUAUACGAAGUAUCAAGGAACUUGGCACCUUCGACGCCCGCGACCGUCAUAUUCGAGCAGAUAUACAACUCUGUGUUUUCGGGCGAUGGGUGGAAGGUAGCUAUUGCGGCGACACUAUACACUCUACAGAACAUUCUACAAUACGUCGCAGUGGGAAACUUGGACCCGGUCCACUUCCAAAUUUUAUACCAACUUAAGAUCCUUACAACCGCUAUCUUCACAGUGACUAUGCUCGGCCGAUCCCUGACCGUGAGGCGUUGGGUUUCCCUAAUUAUUCUGACCAUGGGCGUUUCGGUCGUGUCGAUUCCGUCUUCGAACUCGAAAGAUAGCUCGUUCAUGAUCCACGAUAUGACGGAUCACUUCUUCCCUCGUUCGGUGCACGAAUUGGGCCAGGUCGCGAAUGGUAUGGGCGAGGUUGCGAGGGAGCUUACGAAGCGCGGCAUGGAGACCGCGGUUGAGGUCGGUCAAGCCCUCGCGAAGCGCUCGGCGACGUACGAAGGAAUUGAGGAGGACCAGAAUAAUGCGCCCGUCAUGAACUACUCUAUUGGAGUAUCGGCUGUGAUGGCUGUCGCAGUUAUUUCAGGCCUGACAGGAGUCUAUUUCGAGAAGGUCCUCAAAGAUACCGAAUACCCUGCUUCCGUCUGGACUCGUAACAUCCAGCUAUCCUUUUACUCGUUAUUCCCUGCGCUAUUGGGAAUUGUAUUCAAGGAUGGUGAGGAGAUCGCCAAGCAUGGCGUUUUCGAUGGAUAUAACUGGAUCGUCUGGGCAUUGAUUAUCCUCCAAGCGUUCGGCGGUGUUCUUGCGUCACUCUGCAUUAACUAUGCGGAUAACAUUGCCAAGAACUUCGCGACAAGCAUCAGCAUUAUUAUCGGGUUCCUAUUUAGCGUCUGGUUCUUCAAAGUGCAAGUGACGUUGGCGUUCUUGAUUGGUACAGUUCUGGUCUUAGUCUCGACAUUCCUCUACACUGGCCCUGACCGGAAGCGCGGCCGGCCGCCACCGAUCAACAUUGUCAAUUACGAAAAGACGACGAUCGAUCCGAUGAAUACGCCAAGAUACACAGACGAUAAGCUAAGCGUUCCCGAUCCGCUAGAGCAUAUCAAGGGGAUGGGUCUUUCAACUUCACGUCCCGCUUCGCCGCUGCGACACCAUAACCGGGUGCCUUCGUCGCGGGGUAAGAAUCGGGACGAAUGAGGUUAUCGCAUAAAUACAUACACACACACAUUAUGUAGUAGAUAAGAACUACACGUAGCGAUCUUGAACCUUCGAGGAAAAUUCGCUCGCAUAAGCGCCGAGUCGAAUUCAAGGAGAAAGGUCGCGUUGGUGUGCCCGAGGCUCGCGAGUAUCAUUGCGGAUAUCGAUCGAUCGAUCCUGGAAGUGCGCAACUCCUUACAUUUUCGAAAAUUCGAAUAUGUCGUUGGUAGGCUCGGGAAAAGGUGGGAAACGGCCGAAGUAGUUUACGAGGACUCGAACUGGGGAAAAUGAGGUCGGCAAGGAAAAUGGAUAGGCUUUUGUGCGCGCCAUAUGAAAAAAACACAUUACUUCUUUUCUCGUCUCUAGCCUCUUGAUUGUGGUGUUACCCCUAUUGAUAUGGCCACGUGCUGCUUUGAUUAGGUACCUUGGAUAUCUUUGUAACUUGGUAUUCGUGGGAAGGCGUG